ACGCGGACUACCCGAGGUUGCAUGGACGAUAUUAGGUGAUUAUUCAUUACUUUAAACAAAGACCCCGACACGUUCGCGCUGUCUCAAUGUCCAGUGAGUGCAGAGCCUCUUAUCGAGGAGAUAUCGAUCGCCGGAAACGUCGUUAAUUUUAAGAUUAUGCGAAUAUCUGUGAGCUGCGACAAAUUGUUUGGGUCGGUAAAUAAAUCAUUACCGAAUGUAUAAAACAGUGAAAUGGAGAAGAUCCAUCAAGAUAUUCUUAAGAAGCUACGAAAGGAUAUUAUUGACGACCUCGAUGUACACAAUGGUAUUUUACAUCCUUUGACAACGGAGUAUAUCCUAAAGGAGAGAGAUGUUAAACAAAUUGAGAAUGGACUAACUAAACAGGAACGGGCUCAAAUUUUAUUAGACAUAUUACCUGGUCGUGGGCCUUGUGCAUUUGAUACUUUCCGAGAAGCUUUAAGGCAUCAUUAUGAGUGGUUAAGUGAUAGUAUGGAUAAACAGUUGGCAUCGCAUGGAGAUGCUCCCGACCAUAUUCGGUCCCUGUCGAGGUCCCCUAAUCUACCGCCAGUUUCACCAUUGACUGUUACUAGAGAAGAAAAGACUAAACAGCUUCAACGAGCAUUGGAGGAAUUACAACCUGGAAGAUACGUAGCAUUACAUGGAAUGAAAGGAUUUGGAAAAUCAUCUCUAACUGCAAGUACUUUAAAGGAUGGACAAUUAGUAAAAAAUUUGUUCUCCAAUGAAAUUCAUUGGAUUAAAUUUGGGUAUAAUCGAUCCGCUGAAGAAGAAAUCAUAACGCAAUUGAGUGCAUUAUACUACCAGGUUAAAGAAUCAGAAGUAAUAACUAAGUGCAAUGAAAUAAGCCUUAUGAAAGAUACAGUUAAAAGCUAUCUCAAGCACCAUUUUAGAAAGUCCAAUCAUCGCAAAGCAUUAUUAGUCUUGGAUGACGUCUACGAUAAAGAAUUUAUUGAUGCUUUUGACUUUGAUUGUAAGACUUUAGUCAUUACCAGCGACAUUGAUGCCUUAGAAGGCAAACAAUACACUGUGAUAGAGAUGAAUGAUGGGUUUACGGAAGCUGAAAGUUUAAACUUGUUUGCUAAAGUACUUGAUAUCGGAGCUCACGAGCUUCCUCAUGAAGCAAAAUUAAUUCAUGAGGAGUGCAAAGGUAUGCCGUUGCUCAUUGCAAUGUUCUCUGCACAAUUUGAAAAAUUCAAGCAUGACAUGAGAAUUCGAUCUGAUCGGUGGAAAUAUUAUUUGAAAUGCCUUCGCAAAAAAGAUCCUACCAAUAAAGUGAUGAGACAGUUUCUUGAAAAGCAAAAAGCUAUUUUUGACAUAUGUAUCGAUAGACUGCCCAGUCCACUGAAAGAACGGUAUGAGAUGUUAGCGAUUUUUAAUGAAGACGUUAAUAUAAUGCCUCAGACCUUAGAAAUUCUCUGGGAGGAAGAAGCGUUUCAAGUCGAAGAAAUGAUGUUAGACUUUUGUCACAAAUCUCUCGCUGCAAAACAGUGGAAUGAUGAUUUAAAAAGUUACAUAUACGGAGUUCACGAUCUUCUUUUAUGCUACUUACGAGACAAGUUGCAGGCUGAUAAAUUGAAACAAAUGCAUGUAUCUUUCAUUGAAAAAUAUCGAAAGUACUGUAAUAACGAUUUUUCAAAAUUACCUCGAGAUAACUAUAGCCACUCGUACAUUGGUAACCACUUAGAACAAGCUGAGUUGUACGAGGAAUUUCCAAAAUUAUAUUUGGAUUUUGAUUUUCUACAAGCCAAAAUAUAUCAUGCUGGCUUAAGCGAUCUGCUGAAUGACUUACAGAAAUAUCGAAAAUACAUAACAAACAAUUUUAACAGCGAAUUAGAAGCAAAAGUUGCCGAUAUAGAACUUUUUUUACAAGAACAUGCGUAUAAUCUCGUGAAUCAAAAACGAAAAGAAUGCCUAGAUUUAAUACAAGUAGCCUUGAGCCAUUCUUAUCAACAUUACGUUAAACAGAAAGCUAAAGAACUCGUUAUUGCACGCCCAACACUUCUCUAUCUUACUCACGAUAAACAGAUCACAUACGUGAGCAUGCCAUUAGGUGAAGAAGUAAGCACCGAAAUCAGCAUCGCAUGUUUUACCGACAACCCAAAUGAAAUUCUAAUUGGGAACAGGAGCGGUGAAACGAUACUUUGGAAUUGCUCAAAUAGAAAGGAGAUAGUGUUCCAUGGGCACCAUAAAAAAUACCCGAUUAAAAAAAUCAUCGUCUCUGAGAAAGGAAACUAUUUUGCAUCCUUGAGUGAAGAUGGUACCGCAAAAUUAUUCGAUUUGAUGAAGAAGGAAGAUCCAUACAAUUUUAAUAUGAAAAUUGAACAAGUGCCAAGUCCUAGGCAAAAGCAAACGUUUUGGAAUAAUAUCUUUGUGAACGAACCCUUGCAAGACAAUAGUUUGGUGACUUUUGUUAUCGAGCGACAGAAAAUAAUAGAUAUAUCAUUUGGUUUCAAGGACCAAUGUAUCGCAGCUUGUACUAAAAAUGGAACAAUUCAGAUCUGGGAUUUGGCUGGUAACACACUCUGGACCAGCGAAGGUUCCCAAAACUACUCUCUGAGAAGCAUCACUUUUACUACCUCGAACACGUUUCUUCACUUGAUGGACGAAGAGAAGGGAGUUUUGAUAUCGUACAAAGAGUGCAAUAAACAAUACACAUACUGCGCGCAAUACAAUCCAAAAUUACAAGAUCAGAAGGUCAUAUUUUUCCAAUGUAUUCCACGAACUGUUAAUUCAUUGAUCAUUGUCACGAAAGUGAAGGCAAUAUAUGUUAAAUGGUUCGGCGGACAAAAUGAACAAAUUCAUAGCUAUAACAAGCAAAUAAGAGCUUUUGUUGAGAAUGAGAAUAUAGAGUAUCUCUGUGCGGCAUUAACGUAUGAUGGGCAAUAUAUCGUUGUUGCUGACUCGGGAGGUUUUGUUAAUGUCUGGAAUAUUGAUGUUGGAGAUCAGCCAAUAGCAGUAUACAAAGGUCGUGUGACUUCUUUAGAUACUUAUUGGUUGAACGAAGAAGAAGAAUGUCAUUUGAUUUGUGGCAGUGAAAAUAAGUUGAUACACAGGUGGAAGUUCGAAGCCCGUAAGCCACUUAAGCCGCAUAGAUUAUCCCUUAUGUUCGAUGCAAUAAUGAGUCAACUCGGAGAUAGCGAUGUCAUCGCUAAAGAAACAUCUAACAAUACGGUUAUAGUAUCUCAGAGUAAUGAGAUAAUCGGUGAAUCCGGACCUGCUGACGGGAAGUUAACAGCUUUAUUCCUAUGGCCUAAUAAAAAGAAAAUCGUCUACGCUUCGGAAAAAGGAACAAUUGCUAUGUACGAUUUGGAAAAGAAGGAAACUGUUAAUAUUCUGUCAUUAAAGCGGCAGACCAGUUUCAUAUGGUUGAUUAAUAUUGAUAAAAAUGAAAUCUUAAUAUGUAACGAUGGAGAUAACCACUUGAAGAUAUGGGAAAAUGCGGAGACAAUUUAUUUGCUGGAAAAUACAGGGAAUGUAAUCGCGACUUAUGCACUGAAUCAGAACUUCGUUGUAACGGUCGCUCAAACAGGACUGAUUAAACUUUGGAAUGUGCGACCGAAAAUGUGGCUGUUAAUGAGUGCAGUGUCAAAUCUCUCCGGACCUGUUACCGUGUGCUCCACGUGUCUGGGUUCUUCGAAAACUUUGUUGGCCGUACUGCAUGACAGUUACAAACUGACAAUAUACAACAUCUUAGCGAACAACAGUUUCCUUGCAAGUGUAACGAUUAAGGAAGAGAUGAAAUAUCAGUUCGAGCACAAAGUAAUCACGUGUGAAUUCUCGCAUGAUGAAAGGUACUUAGCUGUUGGUUCGGAAAAUGGUGAUAUUUUGAUUAUCAAUGUAGAAAUGCGCGAAGAGAUGUACAAAUUCUUGCUUCACUCCAGUGCUGUUACUCAAUUACUUUGGGCGCCAAGUAUAAUUGAUCUACCUAUUCUGCUAUCAGUUUCCUGUGAUGAUCUGGCAUGGUGGAAUAUCAGUCUACUUGACGUCAACUCAAGAACUAAAAAACGAAGUCGUAUGGGAAUCAGUCAUAGUAUCAGCAGCCCAGAGAUUAAUGUAAGUUCUUUGCCGAGUUCAUUACCUUGUAGCAAGAGUACAGAUUUUGGUCCAUCGACUACGCAACAAGCAGAAGCUUCAUCUAUAAAUGGUGCUUCCUCAAUGAAAGGUGCUUCCUCCUCGAAUAAAGGUAACCACCUUCUUUUCUGGAAGGUUAAAAAAUCAAGAGACCCAAAAAAGCCAGCUCUGUUAGGGGUUGUUCAAUUACCCGGAAGUUACUCCCCGAAAAUUUGCGCGUCCGAUGAUUUCAGUAAAUUUCUUGUCAUUGACGUCCAUGGAUCCAUACACAGUUAUAAGCUAUUUGAACUUACGUAGGGAUACAUCUGAUCUAUGAAGUUGUUUUAAAAAGUAACACAAAAAACAAAAAAAUAUUAGGUAAAAUUGGCCAUUUAUUGGAUACUUGUGAGAUAAAAUAUGACCCCGAUGAUGGCGUGAAGUAUAAGAAUUCUACAAUUCUAUUGUGAUAUUGCAAUGGUGAUUCUUAAAGGGAAAAGAUACUUAGGGAAUUUAAGAACAUAUUUUGACUGCUGGCUAUGCAGGCAUUGCGAUUGUAUUAAAAAGGAAACAAAUCUAUUUAAUGAAUUUUAAGAUGAACUCUACAUAGGUGAACGUGCAUUAGUUACCAGUUUUGCUCAACUUUAUAGAAUUGAACUAACUGAAUGGAGUGGUUGUGAAACACUGACACCCCACUGCCCUCUGCAUUUAUAUCGAACAAAUAUUUGCAUUUCUUUAAAUGUCAGACAAUGACAUUUAAUUCCUACUCCCUGUCUGAAACAUUUUUUAUAAUCCGUUUUAUAACUUAAAUUAUCCUCUUAGCACAUAAGAACUUCGGUAUAAUUUUAUGACUCUUAAAUGACGUAAACUUAUUUUAUAGAUAAUAUAUAACAAAACGUGCCACCUGCACGUUUUUUUUUUUUUAGCAUCGAAAAUGUUGCCAAAUGUUCAACUUUGUCUCUUCGAGCUCUCGAUUGGAAUAAUUUAUAGUUUUAAUGAUCAUGUGAAUUCAGUAGCAGAUUAAGGAGUAACUAAAAGUACAAAAAAAAAAUAGUAAAAUUUUCGUCAGUAAAUAUAUUGCUUGAGACGAUCUCUCUCUCAUUUGCCCGAAAUCGGUAUUAUAUUUAAAUAAUAAAGUAUUCACUUUUGGACACUAUUUUAUAAUAGUACGAAUACCGGCACAACUUCUGUAUCUUUUUAUAUGACGGCAAAUUAUUAUCAGUAAAUUAAAUAGUGCAUCAAAGCAAUGAGCUUUAAAAGUACGUGCCAAUUGUGCGCAUUGCAAUUUUCAAUUAAAAAUGCACAAGCAGGAAAAUACACUGAUAAGAUGUACAGGAUUUCACUCCUACGUUUUCCAUGAUCUCUGUCCGAUUUGACUGAUAAGCUAAGAUUUCACUUGAACAAUUUUUAGGCAGGAAUGCCCAGACUUUUUUUUCCUUCAAAUAUGAUCCAUGAAACUAGCAUAAAACAAUACUUUAAAACAAGCAUUUACCAAGUUACGUUAAGAUGUGCGUGUUUUCACGCGAUAAAAUCAUGUGCCUUGUGUAUUAAGAUAAAUUAGUGAUAACAAUCAGAGGUCCUAAACCUCUGUUAGGUAUGAUUUUGAUACCUACUUUACAAACAGUGUAUAUUCUAUAUAUCCGUGCAUGUAUAUGCAUACAGAUAUACAUGUUGGCAGGAACGAUUUUAAUUUAUCAAAUAUGUACGAAACAGACUUGACUUGUAAUCCAAUGGUGCAUUUCUUCUGCAUUUAAUUUUUGGUGCUCAACCUGUGUAUGCCAUAAUGUCACCUGGUAAAACAUCUGAUAACGUCGAAGCGAAACCAUUGCAAUUUUCCAUAUACCAUACUUUUUUAAAUUCUCUUAUCGUCUCAGAAUUACAUUCAAAUUGUUGCACUGAAUGACAAAUUACCGAAUUAAGAUGUUAACUAUACUUUUAUGGCUCCACAGUCCUAUUGAGAUAGAAAACCAUUAAUUGUUUCCCGAUACGACAAUUAUUAAUUUAUCCUCACCAUAUUCAUACGUAUGAUUUAGUUGAUAUAUAUUAAGUUAUUAUAUUAUUGGUAUACUCUUACGGUGAAUACCUUAAAUUUAUGUUAUUGUUAAUAUUAAUAAUGCGUUAAUUAUAGAAAUCCAUGAAUUCAGUUGAAUUCAUCAUUACGAUACUUCGAAUUUAUAUUCAGUACAUACGUACCAAUGGCAUUUUCUUACUGGUGGCAUUUUAAUUAAGUAUAUCAUUUAUGUUUUCAUAUUUUUACAUUUAAGUACACGUGAUAGGAUCCAGAACGAACAAGUUUUACGUGCGAUUUUAUAAACCGCGAAGGGAAUAUUUGAGAUAAAAGUCUUUCAAUUCCAGAAUUCUAUAUCGGCUUUGAGAUAUUUUUAAACGUCAUGUAGUACUUGUUCAAACAUUUGAAUAUAAGAAAAUAAUAUUUGUUUUACUUAGACCCAGCGACACGGCGGAUUGCUAUCUUAAACAGUUGCCUAAUGUGAUAAAGGACUCUCUUGUGCAUUUAUAAAAUAGGAUAUAAAUUAGAAUUUACGACACAUGGUUCAGAAUUUUGCAACUGGUUUAACAUUGAGACCCCGUUUAAUAAUAUUAACCUAACGCAAUCCACGUUAGGCAAAUUGUAAAUUACUAAUUGUAGGAUUACUCUGCUGGGUCUAAGAAAAACGUAAAUAAAUAAUGUCGAUGGACCGACGUAUUCGUUUCUCUGGUGCAAUCUAGUGAACAAUUAAUCCAUCUCUGAAUUGCGCCAAUCGAACGGGCUUGUGUAAUAAAUAAUGCCAGCGAUGACGACGGUCUUCGCUGCAAUUUUUUUUUUUUUUUUCAAUGGGGGUCUCAAUUAUAAUAUUUAAUCUGUAUAUUUAAAUCAAUUGGGACCUUGUGCAUUUUAAUUAAUGUUACGCUCAUGUAUGUAUUUGUACAUGUAAAAUAAAAGGUUUUGUACAUACGCCGCA